CUUCCGGCGCCGUACGACAUGUCGGACACGGACAACGCGUUGUACCCGCACGAUCCGGCUAAGGGGUACUUCCGACACCUAUGGCAACCGCCGACUGACCUAUAUCCACAUUUUCUGUUUCCACCGAAAACUACCACCAGCACAGCACGUAAUUCGCACUUUUCUAACACCAUGGAGCACCAGCAAUCCACCGAAAACGUGAAGGUGAUGUCGACUUCGAAUGGAAAACUGAGCUUCGUGGAGUCCCAACUAGAGAAUCCACUGGUGGAGCCUGCUCACAUGUCGGGGAGCGUGAUUGGGGGCUCGGUGUCGCACUCCGGCAUCAUGGGCCAAAAUCCCGCGAACCACUUAAGCGGCGCGGGCGCCUCGGUCAUUCUCACCCACCACACCAACGGCUCCAUGGUCGGCGAAGAUGACUUGGACGCGUCCGCAGCACAAAGUAAACACAUUGACGCCGUAUAUCCUGAUGCAAAUGAGGAGCUUACAAGGAACAUGUUCCAGAGCACAUGUCACGUAGCUUUGGCCAGUUGCCGUAGCGAGCCGGCCUGUCGCGGUGCCCUUCAGCCGGUUCUGUUGCACUGCGACGCGGCGCGCUGUUCGCGCCGUCACUGCAUGGACGCGCUGCAAGCCUUCUACAGGUCACAGGGACUUGGAUGGAGAAUGGAUGUCGCAUUUUGCUGGUGCAAAAAAACAAGCGAUCGUGCCGACGAGUGCAUGUUGGCGCAAGAACGGUUGCAUCCCGUCUGCGCCAGGAGACCUGAGCCGCAACCCAACGGUCUUUCAGGAGGAGUUAUUAUACCACCGACACCCGCCUGCCACACGGUAGCUGAGACAUGCCGCGAGGAAGAAGAGUGCCGGGGCCGAUUGGAGAUGUACGAGCAGUCGUGUGCUGUGGACAGCGUGACCAAGAAAUGCGCAGGACCGGCGUCCGAGUGCCGCGUGGCGAUGCUCGGCAUUCUUGGGACUGAACUGCGUACCACGUGCGCCUGCAAGGGCGCCGAUCUAGCGCAACUUUUCGAAUGCCUCGGCUGGCAGAGGUUACUUUGGAUCAAUCCGUGUGUAGUGGCUUCUCAAAAAGAGUUUCAUAUCCAACGAUUAGAGGAAGCUGCUCCAUGGACGACCAGUACUGCAAUGACAACAGUGACCUUUCCUGAAACUACCACUACGCAACUGGUUAUAACUGCUCCAGCUAUUGAAAGAAUUAUUCCUGUUACAGAACCACAGCAGGUAAAAUCAAAUGUAGAAGAAGUUGCUUCUGAAGCCGAAAUGGCCAUCAACCUGGGCGGAUAUGGAAUGUUUGGAGCCGCCAGAGAAUCAACUACUACCAUCACGUCGACUACGACGACGACUACAACUACCACAACGACCACACCUGCAACUAGCACUAUACCUCCAAGGUAUUGUGUGGUCCAACGUCCAAAUCAAUCAGAUCAAUACAUACGCGAAGGAAAUAGUAAACGACUAUUUCGAGAAGAUGAACCCGAGUGCUCCGAACUGUGCCAUUGCGAUUUGGGCGAAUCGCUCACCUGCCACACGCUGUGCGUUUCCCGCACUCCCUGCCGCACUGACUUCGCGUACUACAGUCACGCGGCACCAGCCUACCAGGCCUACAGGGGACGAUGCCUCUGCUAUUCUGGACGAUUCAUAUGUAUGCGACCGCCACCAGGUGAUUACGCGUUGCCACGCGGCGUGUUUCUGUUCCUGGGAUACAGUGCAACCGACGAGGCUCUGCUCCGGCCCCACACCGAGCUAGGAAUAUUGGACGCCGUGCGCGCCUUACAAGAUAUUGCACGUUCUGGACCAAAUUCAAAACAUACUUUGGAAUCUGCAAAUGAAAUUGAUGACGACGAAUCCUCUUCGUCCGCAUCUCAAACUCCUCCUUGCAUAUUGACUCUAUACAACGUUACUGGUGAGAACGUUAUUAUGGUUGGACGCAUUCCGAAUAGCGAGAGUUCGGCUGACGUUUCACCAAUGGUGCAGCAUCUUAGAGAAAAGACAAUUUUGAGAGCAAAAUGACCACCAAUUCGUUAUCACCUAGACCUCUUCCAGUUUUUCAGGACGAAAACGUUUCUUAUUCAACUAAGAAGAUGAGUGGAAGGAAACAGGAAACUAAGCCACCUAAAUUGGAUAUUAAAAAAUCUCGAUGCGUUCUCUUUCCCACAAAAAGUAACGCCAAACCCUUGAAUAGUG